AUGCGCAGCAAGGUACCCCUAGGCAAGUCCUCACCUCGUCCUAACGUGCAGGUGAAUAACUACGGGCGAAUUAACUCGCCCGGCGAUGACAUCCGCGUAGCCAUGGCGAAGAACGCGAGCAAGGCGGGAAGUCCUACCGGACGAGAAGGCGCCUCCGUUGCGAGCUGUGACGGGGACGACGGAGACGAGGCACAAGGCGACGACGCGGAGGAGGAUUGGCCGGAGAACGGCCACGACGACAGCGCUUCGGGCGAUGAAUUAGGAGCUGCCGACAUUGAGGAGGACGAAUGGUGGAAUCAGCCGGUCGGGAGCGACGACGAGGUGGAGGAGUGGCGGGCUGGUGAUUCCGACAACGACGGAGGUGAAGAUGCUGGCGGUGAAGACGCGGAGGCACAGGAUGCGGCGGUGGCUGCCGACGAGGCGGAGGCGGAACGCGAGACAGAGGCGCCUGCGGAUGCGGACGCGGUGGCGGAGGCGGACAAGGUGGGGGCGGAUGCCGUCUUAUUUGACGGCGAGGGCUCCGACAACGACCCGUGGAGCCUUGGGACAGACGACGACGUACCGCUACUGAAGCGGAGGCUGCGCCAUCGCCUGCAGUCCACGACGAAGCGCGCCCGCGUGGUGCUUUCUGACGACGACAGUCCUGGGGAGGACCGUCUCCCCCUACUCACCGCUGCGGAGAAAGGAAAGGCAAAGGUCGUGGAAGCCCCUGCUAAGUCCCCUGCUAAGGCCCCUGCAAAGGCCCCUGCUCGUCGCCGCACAAGCAACAAGAAGCGCAAGGACGACGGUGACCCUGGAUCCAGUAAGGGUGCGGCUAAGAAAAAAGCGAAGAAAGCGCCGAAUCCUGACGACAUCGUCAACGAGGCGUUGGGCAGCGACGAUGAGUACGCGGCGGCGGCGGGCCCGAUUCCCACGUUCCCUGAGAAGGAGGCGCCGAACGACCCCACCCUCUCUAAUCCCAACACCCGCCCACCUUCCCCUCGCAGCAAAGAAACCACGAAGAAGCGCCGCGGCUGGACCGUGCGUGAGAAGCUUAACGUCGCCUGCAUCAGACGCUGGAGCUUGGAGGCGGCUGCGGGCAUCUACAAGGGCGCGGCUAACUGCCGCAAGCAGAUGCACGGGGGGGGCCGCCACGCACACUACCCCGACAUGGAGGCAGCGCUGUACCGCUACAUCUGCCUUCAGCGCGCUAACGGGGUGGCCAUCUCGGUGAAGGACACCCAGAAGUGGAGCCGCGAGUGGAUGAAGAAGCAUCACCCCGGCAAGAACUGGAACGCGAGCUCUCACUGGAGCCAGCGUUUCCGUGACCGCUGGAACCUGGUGAUGCGGGUGAAAACGAAGAUCAUCAUCGACGCGUUCCGCCACUGUGGGAUCUCCAGCAAGCUGGACGGAACGGAGAACCACCUGGUGAUGUCUCACCUGCGCGCCAGGAGCACCACCGAUGUCUCCGAGGACAUGUCCCUCGGGGGGACCACAGGCGACAACACGCGCCUGCUCGGGAAGGCUCCAGACGAGGAGGACGAGGAGGAUGAGGAGCCGAUGCAAGCGGAGGGCGUGCGGGAGGUGGCCGUGGCAACUGGCCUGGAGGUGCUGUACCAGGAGACCCCCAACUACCGCGGAGCGGCGGCCGAGGCUGACCGCAUGAUCGAGCCUAGGGAGACGGCUAGGCAUGCCUGGCGAGUGCCAGACCUUAGUGUAGAGCCUGUUGCUAGUGCUCCAGAGGAGGCGGUGACCGAGGGGGGUUAG